CAUUAAAAUUCACAACAUCAAAUUCUUUUAUCGCCUGAAUCAUUGUCAUUGGUCUUUCCUCUCCCCCCUUCUUUUUUAUUAUUAUUAUUUAUGUAAUUUCCUUUUUCCUCUCUUCGCUGGAUCUUCCGUCGGAGAAUUCGAGGUCACUUCCUUGGGUUUUUCCGGCGGUUCGAGCAGAGAAUUUGUCUGUACGGAUAGCGUAUGAUAUAUACAAGCACAGACGGGGAGCUUAAAGCUGGAAUCUUGAAGAGAAAUGGUGCUCACAGUGUUUACAUGGCGCUAUGGAGGUCGUGAAGUCUAUCUUUAUGGUUCCUAUAAUGGGUGGGGUGAUAGAACAGUGAUGAAUUUGGUGAAUGGUUCCGCCAUGGCUUUUAGUGCAGCUAUUGAUCUUCCCCCAGGUUAUCAUCAGUAUAAAUUCUUGGUUGAUGGCACAUGGCAAGUUGACGAGGAACAGCUUCGUGUUAUUGAUGAAAAUGGUGUUAUCAACAACUUAAUUUUUGUUGAGGAACCGAGCGUUAAUGCUCAGAGAUUACCCCCUGAAGCUGUUCGGAGUACCUUGGACUUGGAUAGCAUAAGAGAUAUGCAGCUUGAGGCUUCAUCUUCAGGUGUACUACCAAAUGGUCGAAUUCUGCAAUUACCAGAAGACAGAACAGAUGCAUCACGCCAUCGUCUAUUUGUGCAUUUAUCGUCCUUUAAAGCACAUGAUUUGAUGCCCUAUUCUGGAGAGGCCAUUGCCUUGGAUACUGAAGUGGCAGUGAAACAGGCUUUUCAUAUCAUGUAUCAGCAGGGGCUUCCUGUCAUGCCUCUUUGGGAUGCGCAGAACUCGAGGAUUUCUGGAAUGCUAACUGCUUCAGAUUUUAUUUUGAUUUUACUCGAGCUUCAUCAAUUUCGUGCUUUGCUGACUGAUGAAGAACUUGAAAUGCACACAAUUUCUUCAUGGAAGAAUGAUAAACUUCAGUAUCAAAGAGAUGUGGCUGGGGCUUUCUUACCGCUUCAGAGAAGGGAAUUAAUCCAAGUUGGGCCAGAUGAUUCUUUGACAGAUGUGGCUUUGACAAUAUUACGGAAUGAAAUUUCUUCAGUUCCAGUUAUAUAUUCGCCGGAAGAUGGAUUUUGCCCUCAAUUGCUGCAUAUUGCAUGCCUUGCUGGAAUAUUAAGACACAUAUGCUGGCAUUUUAGGCACUCCCUUGAGUAUCUGCCGCUUCUGCAGCAAUCCAUUUGUAAUCUUCCCGUGGGUACCUGGACAAGAGAAUUUGGGUGGGCGAAUAACCGGACAUUGUUAACAUUACAUCCCAGCAGUUCUCUCGGUUGUGCUCUUAAUUUAUUAAUUAGAGCUCGGAUAAGCUCAAUACCUAUAGUUAAUGAUAACGGGGUCCUAAUAAACAUAUAUUCUCGGAGUGAUAUUACCUCUUUGGCCAACGGCAACGUCUAUGCUCACAUUCAACCUGAUCAAACAAUGCUGUCUCAGGUGGUACAGGUGUUAAAUGAAGCAGGCCAUGAUCGAUACCGGGUGUGCACACGCUUUGCUUCAUUAUAUACAGUCAUGGAGGUCCUCUCUGACCCAGGUGUGCGCCGCAUUUUUGUGAUUGAUGGUAUUACCCGGCGCAUUGAAGGCAUAAUCACGCUAAGAGAUGUGUUCAAUCUGAUUUUAAGCUAAUAUUUUCUUGAAUUGGUGUUUUUGAAGCUGAUAUAGACAUAGACUGAAAUAGCAGGCCGGUAAAAGUGGUAUAUUUUUCCAAGUUUCAAGCUUUAGGUAUACUGGUUUUACUGUCUGAAAUAGCAAGU